AUGUCAAUAUUACAUAAUAACCCUAACAAAAAACCUUCUUUAAAUUAUACAUUAGCUGUCCGAAUAAAACCGAUUACCGACGAAGAUUUAGAAAAAUUACCUACAAGAUUUCAACGUCAAGUAAUUACUACUCCAUCUCCACAUCAAAUUGUUGUUGAAGGAGAGAAAAGACAAUUUUAUCAUUUUGAUCAUGUAUUUCCUCCUGAAACCACUCAAGAAGAAAUUUAUGAAAAAUCUGUUGAAAAUUUAGUGGAUAAAUUUUUAGAAGGUUACAAUGUGACAAUAUUAGCGUACGGUCAAACAUCUUCAGGAAAGACCCAUACAAUGGGUACAGCCGAUAAUUCAUCUAUACCAUAUCAUAAUAAAGGAAUAAUUCCUCGUGCUAUAGCAACUUUAUUUCAUACAAUGAAUACUUCUUCAUUAUAUAUGAAUCGAAAAUUUUCAAUAAAAGUUUCAUUUAUAGAAAUUUAUAAUGAAGACUUAAUUGAUUUACUUGGUGAAGGUGAGGGAGAAUCUAGACCUCAAGUCAUGAUACGUGAAGAUUCAAAAGGUCAUAUUUAUUGGAGUGGUUUACAAGAACUUCAAGUUAAUAGUGUUGAUGAUGUUAUAGCUUAUUUGGCAAGAGGUUCAUUAAAUAGACAAGUUGGUGCUACUGAUAUGAAUGCGAAAUCUUCUAGAUCACAUGCCAUUUUCUCUCUUACAAUGUCACAACAAAAAUUAGUAAAUCAUAAUGGUUAUAAUAAUUAUUCAAAUCCUGGUUCAAGACCAACAACUCCAUCUUCAAAAUUAAUGGGUUCAAGAGCUAAUUCAAGAUUAGAUUCAAGAUUUGAUGAUGAAAGUGAUUGGAUCACCAUAACUAGUAAAUUUCAUUUUGUAGAUUUGGCUGGUAGUGAAAGGCUAAAACGUACUGCAGCAAGUGGAGAUCGUGCAAAAGAGGGGAUAUCAAUUAAUUCAGGUUUAUUAGCGUUAGGGAAUGUAAUUUCAGCUUUAGGAGAUCCAAAUAAAGCAAAACAUACAACUCAUAUUCCUUAUAGAGAUUCUAAACUUACUCGUUUAUUACAAGAUUCUCUUGGAGGAAAUGCACAAACUUUAAUGAUUGCUUGUGUUUCUCCCGCAGAAUUUAAUCUUAACGAAACUGUCAACACUCUUAAAUAUGCAAAUAGGGCUCGUAAUAUUAAAAAUAGUGCUGCUAUCAAUCAAGAAGAAACUGGUUGGAAUGACAUAAUACAUUUACAAAAUCUUGUAGUAAAGCUUCGUAGUGAAAUAUCAAAUUUAAAA